AUGUUCAAAAGGCAAAAGUCCCUUACUUCAGAAAGCAAAAGAGAAUUCUUUUCACAAGGAGUUUCACGAUCAGUAUUGAAGAAUGAUAUGAGAAAUUUUCAUUCUUUGUCACAACUUGUGCUUUCAGCAGGCACUCUGAAACCUACUCCACUAAGCAAACAUUCAAAAAUGACUCAUUUUGAGAUUGAAAUACUUGAUGUUCAAACAAGAAAACCAAUACACAUUGUGGAUAAGGUGACAGAAAAAUCAACUAUUUAUGAUAUAAAACAAAAGUUCCAUAAAGCACGUCCAAAGUGGUGCCCUUCCCAGAUUGGCCUUCAACUAGAAUGUGAUGCACCUUUUUUGAAUGACUAUGUCACCAUUCAAAGUAUUGCAGCUUCCUCCAUUGUUACACUGUAUUUUACUGACCUAGGUCAACAGGUCAGUUGGAACACAGUAUUUCUGGCUGAAUACACAGGACCUCUGCUAAUAUACCUCCUUUUUUAUUUGAGGAUCCCAUAUAUAUAUGAUGCUAAAGAGAGUUCUAGAAUAUUAUGCCAUCCAGUGGUACACUUGGCCUGCUUUUGUCAUUGUAUACACUACAUUCGAUGUCUUAUGGAAACCUUAUUUGUUCACAAAGUUUCUGGGCGACACACACCUUUGACAAAUUUGGUGACGAGUUGUGCCUUUUACUGGGGAUUCACUUCUUGGAUUGCCUACUACAUUAAUCACCCACGGUAUACACCCCCAUUAUUUGGGACUAGACAAGUCAUAAUUUCUGCAAUCAAUUUUCUGAUUUGUGAGGCUGGGAAUCAUUUCAUCAAUGUAGUGCUGGCUCAUUCCAAUCAUACAGGAAAUAAUGCCUGUUUUCCAAAUCCAACUUAUAACCCAUUCACAUGGCUAUUUGCCUUAGUUUCAUGUCCUAACUACACCUAUGAGAUUGGAUCAUGGAUUAGCUUAACAAUCAUGACACAAACACUGCCAGUUGGAGUUUUUACACUUCUGAUGAGUAUCCAGAUGUCUUUGUGGGCACAAAAGAAACAUAAGUUUUAUCUGAAGAAAUUCCAUCCUUAUAUGCAUAGGAAAUCAGCAAUGAUUCCAUUUAUAUUGUAA